AGUUUUGCGCGCGCCUUCACCCGUUCCAGUUUCCUCUAGACCGCCGAACUGAACGCACGCGUGUUCCAUCCAAACCGUACGACAUAGCUGUGUAACGUUCGAAAUUUGAUCUUUAAAUUCUGAAACUAUUAGUGGCCAGUGUUUUAGUUUUAUUUUUUUUUAUGAAGACUCUAGAAUUAUGUGUUGCACAGAUGUGGGUGACUGAUGUUCGUCAUCAUAAUUAGUGGUGAUGGAAUGAUCAUUAGACACUCCAGACGACUUUGAACGUGCAGCGGCCAGGAGGGCGAGCGACUGGAGAGCUAACAUGAAUGCCACGCAAACACUACUCGGGCUCAAUGACACUAAUCAUGAAGUCACCUACCCAACGACGUCGGAGUGGUUCGACGGCAACUGCUCGUGGGUGGACGCCGUGUCCUGGGGCUGCAACGGCACCGUCGGCGGUAACUCCACCUCCAGUGACGUCACGUCGCUCGUCCUCAUGGCGGUCACGUCGGUCGUCUUGGCGCUCAUCAUCUUGGCUACCAUCGUCGGUAAUGUGUUCGUGAUUGCGGCCAUCAUAAUCGAGAGGAACCUCCAGAAUGUUGCAAACUACCUGGUGGCUUCGCUGGCGGUGGCCGACCUGAUGGUGGCGUGUCUGGUCAUGCCACUCGGAGCUGUCUAUGAGGUUAGCCAGGGCUGGAUACUGGGCCCCGAACUCUGUGAUAUGUGGACUUCCAGCGACGUCCUCUGCAGCUCAGCAUCCAUUCUCCACCUCGUCGCCAUCGCAACCGAUAGAUAUUGGGCUGUGACCGACGUCGACUACAUCCAUUUACGUAACGAGAAGCGUAUCUUCACCAUGAUAUUCCUCGUGUGGGGAGCAGCUCUAGUGGUCUCCCUCGCUCCGCAGCUGGGCUGGAAGGACCCUGACUACCUCGCAAGGAUCACUCAACAACAAAAGUGCCUCGUGAGCCAAGACCUGGCUUACCAGAUAUUCGCCACCUGCUCCACUUUCUACGUUCCCCUCGCUGUUAUCCUCAUUUUGUACUGGAAAAUAUUCCAAACGGCCCGGAGACGUAUCAGGAGGCGGCGGGAGCCGCCCCCUCCCCGCCCCACCUCGGCUGACGGCGCCCAACCUUCAGGCAGACAAGUCCAAUCGGCGAGAGAUAGGAGGUUCGUCAAAAAGCGAUUCCUGAAUCUAAAGAAAUGCAACCAACGCACUCGAGCUGAAACUCUAGCAGCUGCGUUGUUGUUGACUGAAGGUCAGAGCACUUCUACUGUCGACACGUUGGACGAAGAGCCACGAACCACAGCGUUCACUAUUAACGAAAAACUGCCAGCUGUGUCUGUGUCACCGGAAAAAUCAUCAUCGACUGUCACUAAUGGAUCGAAACCCGAGCGAGCUAUCGUAUCUGCUCCCACGCAUAGAGAAAAGAAGGAGUCUUUAGAGGCAAAGAGGGAGAGGAAAGCAGCGAAGACCCUUGCUAUUAUAACUGGAGCGUUCGUCUUCUGCUGGCUGCCAUUUUUCAUCAUGGCGCUAGUGAUGCCGAUAUGCCAAACGUGUGUGAUCAGUGAUUACUUAGCCAGCUUCUUCCUAUGGCUCGGAUAUUUCAAUUCAACUCUAAAUCCAGUCAUCUAUACGAUAUUCAGCCCAGAUUUUCGCCAAGCAUUCGCCCGAAUCCUCUUCGGCACGCAUCGGCGCGGGCGCAAUAAAAAAUUCUAACGAAGAUGUCCCUACUAUGUAUAUAAUUGAGUCCGAAGUCGGACUAAUGGACUAUAUUAUUCCCCUAAUUGUAUCAUAUUUCAAAGCUUUUCUGUAUGUUAUACAUACUUAACUUUGGUAGUGAAUGUAAAUACGUUUAGUGACAGAGUUGUACAUAAUAUAAGAGUAUAUAUACAUAUGAUAGAUGAUGUUGACAAUUGUUUUUUUUACGCGUUAUAGUCUAUGAAGCGGCGGGGCGUCGUCCGUGAGUCCAGGGUGACGUUCCGCCUGCUCUUAUGUUGUUUUCGGUGACAUUACGAAAUAAAUAUUUAAAUUAUAUCA